GAUUUGAGCAGUCAGAGGUCUUUUUAGGAGAGCAACUUGGUCUCACUCUUGCCUAGAUAGGAGAAGUUGUGGCUGAAGACAGUGUGGCAUGUCAUGUCCCUAGUAAAUGCCAAAUAAGUGCAAGUGGUAAUAUGAUGCCAUAGAAUAUCCUCCAAUUAAUGCUGGAAAUGGAAUUAUAGACUGUUAUGUUCUCAGCGUGCUUGAGGGCAUCUUCCUCAGGUCUCAGGCCUCUAGCAGUCAUCUUUCUUGGCAAGGUUCCUCAGUCUAUUCCUGUCUUUGGGCUUCACUGUGGACAUCAUAGUACACUGGACUUCAGCAUCUCUUCAGGCUGGUCUUCAGCUAACGUUGAGCACACUUGAGCGAGCAAUGACAAAGCCAAGUGCUAUUUGAGAAUAGUUGUUAAUUCAGAAAAGCAUUUCAAUCAAAACUUAUGAUGAAGAGAGCAGCCCGUUCCCUCGCCAACCUGACCAGGUGCCUAGGAGCUGUCAGCACACUGAUGGCCUGCACGCUUUAAGAAGACUGGAGACCAGUGGUGAUAGAACUGUGAUCUGUGUUUCUCAUGUAGUGUUUUUUGGCCACCAUGAGAUUUUUAUGCUCAUCCUGUGAGCACAAAUAGAAUAGCUAGGCAGCUCCUUAAGGUAAUGCAGCCUGAAUCAAGACGUCUCCAAAUCUUCCAGGACAGAGCAGCUAUUCCACUACAAAUUUGUGAUAGGUUUUUUCAUUGUAUUUUGCAGGAUGCAAUGCAGGAGGUUAACCUUUAUCAAAACCUAUGUACUUGUUUUUGCAGCAGCACUAGGCAGUCUGAAGUCUACAUCGCAAAUGUCUCCAUCACUUAGAUGACUCAAUUGUUUCACUCAAGGCUAGAAUACAUGUUAUCUUAAAUUAUUUCACCCAUAACUAAAAUGCAGCUGGCGCUUUCCUGCAGCAAUAAUGUCUCGCAUCAUGGGAAAGGUGACCCUUUUGCAAGAAUAUGAGCGCAACAUCUGCUCUCUUCAAAAGCUUUCAAGUCUCCCACGUGUUUAUGCAGAGCAGUUGUUAAUACCUCAGUGUGAUAGACCAUGUGAGGAGCUAGCCUGCCUGCACAAGAAGCUAGUUUUGAGUCAGUGUUCCAGAAAAUUUAGGCUGUGCUGUUGGACAAGUGUCUCGACUGACAUCUUGCAGGCUGGUGAGUCGGGGCGCUCUCACGCAGGCUGGGUAUCUUGGUAUAAGUGUGGAACAGCUUGGCUCAAUUUCUUAAUUGCAUACAGGGCUUUCUAGAAAAAUCCAAAUUUCAGCUUCACCUGGAGUAAGCCUGAAAUAUAACUGUUCUCUGUGCAGGCUUCUGACUCAGCACUCAAUUUCUCCCUGCUUUCUCUCUGCUCUGCAGAGGCACAGGCAGAGAAUAACGAUUUCUCUGUCCAGCUGGAGGCAACUAGAAGAAAUUUGGGGUGCUUCUUGCCAGGUUCCUGUCACCUAGCACUCGACUGAGCUCUGGCUGAAGAUCAGCAGCUUGUCCUGCGAGGAGGGCACUGCAUCUCUCCGUGCAAACAGAGGAACUGAACGGAAUUUCCCUUUACGCUGCCCUUGUCCUCCAGAAAAAGCCUGACGCUCAGGAGCCGCUUCUUGGGGGAGAUCACCUGUCUCGAUAUUUCCAGUGGUGGAGGGCUUGGCGUGUCUACCAGCACGGAUGGGACCAUGAAAAUCUGGCAGGCUGCAAAUGGAGAAAUAAGAAGACUAUUGGAAGGCCAUGUGUAUGAUGUGAAUUGUUGCAGGUUUUUCCCAUCGGGCCUUGUGGUUCUGAGUGGGGGAAUGGAUGCCCAACUAAAGAUCUGGUCGGCAGAAGAUGCCAGCUGCGUAGUAACAUUUAAAGGUCACAAAGGAGGUAUUUUGGACACUGCCAUUGUGGAUCGGGGAAGAAACGUCCUUUCCUGCUCUAGAGAUGGCACUGCCCGUCUCUGGGACUGUGGGAAGUCUGCCUGUCUGGGAGUCAUCGCUGACUGUGGCUCUCCUGUCAACGGCAUUGCCGUGGGCGCUGCUGACAACUCACUGAACCUGGGCACACCUGAAAAAGCUCCCAGUGAACGUGAGAUUGGGACAGAAGGGAAAAUCCUGUUGUUGGCCCGAGAAGACAAGAAGCUUCAAGGAGUGGGACUGCAGAGCAGGCAGCCGGUGUUUCUCUUUGUCGGAUCUGAUGCGUUUAACUGCUGUACGUUCCUCUCAAGUACCUAUUUCCUAGCAGGGACUCAGGAUGGGAACAUAUAUCAGCUGGAUGUGAGAAACACAAACACUCCCAUCCAGGUCAUUCACAGAUCAGGAGCACCAGUGCUUUCUCUGCUCCCUUACCAAGAUGGAUUUAUUGCUGGCCAAGGUGAUGGAACCUGUUUUAUCGUUCAGCAAGACCUCGAUUACGUCAUCGAUCUCACAGAAGCAGACUGUGACCCUGUGUACAAGGUAUCUUAUUGGGAGAAGCAGAUUUACACGUGCUGCAGAGACGGGAUGGUGAGGAGAUACCAACUUUCCGACCUUUGAAGGUUUGGAUCGGCUGAAUAUCCGAGAGAAGCGUUGGAACUGCCGUCCAGGGAAAUAAGCUUGGAAGAGCUUUGUUUGAGAUAUGUAUAAAGAAGCGUCUUGAGCUUAUCGUAGUGACCAGGCUGUAUAUAAAGCUUGUGGCGAGGGGUGAUGUUUCUUGCCGACGACGUUGAUGUAGAGGGGGUCGGCUUUCCCUUUGGUAAGCGGCUCCAAGGUGUUGAGAGAGGAUCUUGCACCAUCUGCUGUAUAAUUACAGGUUGUUUGCUUUUCUACUGUUCUCUCUGUAACUGCUUUUUGUAGGGGGUGGUGGGGGGAGAAUCAGCUGGGGCUGCUGAAGG